GAUUUGCCGCGGACAUUCUUGUUACAUAUGUCCGGUCGACGUUCGUGGUUCUGAUUUUGCACAUCGACUGGUGUUAGCUGGUUCAGGUUAAUGAUCAUCUCUGCCCCAUUGCUCAUCUUGAAGCCCGUCAUCAGUUCCCAUCUUCAUUAUUGGGUCCGUGCGGAUAUCAGUAGUAAACAAACACAAAGGGGUUGGCCAAGCGUUGAGGCACUCAGAAAUCAGAACCCAGGGGGGCCAGGUUUCUGUGGGGUGACCCUUUUCCUAGAUUUCAAUGUCGUCUCUUUGACCCCAUUCAGAGCUUAUGUAGAUGGGGGGACAAUAGGCUUCCCGCCAUACUUCUUAUGGCCCAUCAAUUUCCAUGACUAUUCUCUACACCGUCUAUACAAUGAUAUAUGCUUUCUAGCAUAGCUUUUACUGCCCGAACCACAAAAUAACUAAUGUAUACCUCCGCAAGAUGCUCAAAUAGUGCGGUACAGGUCAUGGCCUCCUCUCGAUUAGGCGCUUGGAAUUUUGAUUGGCCAGCGCCUGGGUGUCGCUUGGGUGUGUCUCAACAACACACCAUGGUGGUUACAGGCUGGAAGCGGCCAGACUUC